CUUCCGGGGGUAGGCCCGACUCACAAAAUAGAACCCGACCCGACGUAUUGCCAGGCGGAGGGCAGUUUCGAGUCAUUCUGUACCCAAAUGUAUCGGCUAUCUAUAAACCUCUAAACCCUGCGAAGAGUAGACGGAAGAUCUUCUCCGAGUUCUUCUCUUCGUCUUCUUCAAUGGCGACUAUACCAGUUAACCCCAAACCCUUCUUGAACAACUUAACUGGGAAGACAGUUAUUGUAAAAUUGAAGUGGGGAAUGGAAUAUAAAGGGUUUCUAGCCUCAGUGGACUCUUACAUGAACUUGCAGCUGGGAAAUGCUGAAGAAUAUAUUGAGGGACAGUUCACAGGAAAUCUGGGAGAGAUUUUAAUCAGAUGCAACAAUGUUCUUUAUCUUCGCGGGGUGCCAGAGGAUGAAGAAAUUGAAGAUGCUGACCGAGACUAAUUACCUUUUUGAACAUUAGCUUGGCCUUCGGUAGCAAGCUCUGGUUUUCUUUCAUGUCAAGCAUGUAUUAUACUUUAUCAUUGUUGGGCGUGUUAAACGGACUUGUGAUUCCUGGAUACCUAUGUCAUUUACAGACCCUUAAUGCAAGAAACUUCAAAACUGAAUUCUUUCUUGUUUUCAGUUGUAUGAUUUUGUACUGGUUAUCGUUGUCUGGGAAUCUACUUUAUAUCAGAUAGGUUAUAUUUUUCCAAGUGUGGAUAGACAGACUUGUUGUUACAAGUGCAACCUCGGAGCGAAACAUUAUUUAUGAUCAUAUUGUGAAUGCAGUUAUUUAUU